GUCAACCGGCCGCGCUGUCGCCGGCCCGGCCUCUCUCGCUGCCGGCUGUCCCGAACCCUCCGCGCCCCCCGGACCCUGCGGUCCCGCCCGCUCCCCGGCACAGAGGAACCUUCGCUCGCUCCGUCUCCCCGCUCGGCGCCUCCGGGAGCCCGGCCCGCCCCGCCGUCUGCCCCAGGCUUGGCAGCGGCAAGGAGGAAACCCAGGGCGGCCCUGCGACGGCAGGCGGCAGCCGGGGCGACAUGGGCAGCUCCGAGGAGGACUACAACUUUGUCUUCAAGGUUGUCCUGAUCGGGGAGUCUGGGGUGGGAAAAACAAACCUGCUCUCUCGUUUCACCCGCAACGAGUUCAACCAUGACAGCCGCACCACCAUCGGCGUGGAGUUCUCCACACGCACAAUCCUGGUGGGAGACGCCGUGGUGAAGGCUCAGAUCUGGGACACCGCCGGACUGGAGCGGUACCGCGCCAUCACCUCAGCGUAUUACCGGGGGGCUGUGGGGGCCCUGGUUGUGUUUGAUAUCACCAAGCACCAGACGUACGAUGUGGUGGACCGCUGGCUGAAGGAGCUGUAUGACCAUGCUGAGGCCAGCAUCGUUGUCAUGCUGGUGGGGAACAAGACCGACCUCGCACAGGCUCGAGAGGUGCCCAUGGAGGAGGCAAAAAUGUUUGCAGACAACAACGGGCUGCUGUUUGUUGAGACUUCGGCACUGGACUCCACCAAUGUUGAGGAAGCAUUUGAGACCAUCCUGAAGGAAAUCUUCUACAAAGUGCAGAAGCAGAAGCAGAGGAGCAGCCAAAGCAACACGGUGUCACUUGCCAGUGAGAACCCUGCAAGCACAGCCCCAGCACAGGGAGAGAGGCGUCCGUGCUGCGUGGCCCUCUAAACCCCCCGGGCACACCGGGAACCCCACAGCCCUGGGACACACCAGGGGCCACCAGCACAGGCUGGUGUCACCCUACCUGCACUGCCACCCCUGUCCUGGUGCAGUGGGGACCAGCAGCCUGGACAGGGGCCAAAUUCUGCCAUAAACAGUGAGAAGCACCAGUUCCAGGAGCUCUUCUCUCUCGGUUUCAUUUUUGCUGGGCCCUGAUUAGCAUCACCACUGUCACGCACCGUAUCAGCCCUUCUGGAACUGCAGGGCAAAAGGACCAGGACACAUCCCUGAGGCACCUCUGGGGAAGAAGCCAGGAGGUUCUGGGCAGGACCAUGCCAGCAAGAGGAGCCUCUCUGAUUGUUUCUGGCCCUGGGGUUUCUCCUGUAGGGCCACCCUGCGCCAUGCACUGAGGAUGUGGCUGCCCAACAGGUGUCUGUCCCACCAGGGACUGCUCUGGAGUUGAGUCAAGCCCUGGGCUGUGAAGUGGCAGCACUCAGCCCUCGGCUGUCUCAUCCCUAGACAACUGUCCCAUCCCCAGACAUGGGGCACAUGUGGUAGCAGGACCAAGCGAAGGUUCCUGCUGUCUGCAUGGCAGGACAAGGCUUGGCACAGGGCCCAGUGCCAUGGGGCCGGGAGCAGCUCUGUGUCCAGCACGGGUGUGACACAAUCAUUAAAGGACUUGUGAAAUGCAGGUUUACUGAGCUGGAA